UUGUUGCCCAGGCUGGAGUGCAAUGGUGUGAUCUCAGCUUACUGCAACCUUACCUCCAAGGUUAAAGCAAUUCUCCAGAGUAACUACUACAAUUACAGGUGUGUGCCACCAUGCCUAGCUAAUUUUUGGAUUUUCAGUAGAGACAGGGUUUUAUCAUGUUGGUCAGGUUGGUCUUGAACUCCUGACCUCAUGAUCUGCCUGCCUCGGCCUCCUAAAGUGCUGGGAUUACAGGCAUGAUCCACUGUGCCUGGCCCGUAAUAUAUUUUCAGAUUUUGUAAGACUUCUCAUGUUUCUUAGAAGUCUACUAAGAAAAUGCCCUUUGCGUAAUGCCUUUAGGCAUGUGCCCAGAUCGAAGUCAUUGGAGGAGACUGUGCAUACUACACACCGAACUCUGCUUCCCAACGGAUCUCCAUCUAAACCACUGGUUCUCACCAUUUGGGGGGCCCAACUUGCUGUAAGAUGUGGUACACUCUAUAAGUGACAGUGACCUGUGAGGGCAGCCAUGCUGAUUCCCAGGGCUAGCAGAGGGAGGGGAGUCAUAGUGAUGAGGGGAGGGGUAUCAGGCUUUUCUCUGUCCUGUCUCAUGGGCCCUUCCUACAUGCAUAGAAAAGCUUCCAGGCGAGGCUGAACCAACAGCAGGCUUCUUUGUUGAUGCUGGUGCCUGGAAACCUUGUCUGGACUCUUACCCUUGUCUUGUACCCCUUGAGGUUCCUUGAGGCUAUACUGAGGGGACUUUGCCCACCAGCUACAAAAAUCAACAUGAGGCCAGGACCAGGAAGUGUAUUGUGAGCACAAACUGUGCACUUGUUAAUAAUUAUUACAUAUUAACCAGUUACUAAGUGGCAGAAAGUGGGGCAAGAGACUACUCUUAAUCCAUGUAUAGAUGUUAUAAUCCUGAGAUUUUUCUCCACAAUGGGGUAAGAUGUCAGAAAAGAGCCAGCAAGUCCAGGUAAUAGAAUAAAAAUGCCAAGAACAUAUACACCAUGGAAUACUAUGCAGCCGUACAAAGGAAUAAGAUCAUGUCCUUUGCAGGGACAUGGAUGAAGCUGGAAACCAUAAUUCUCAGCAAACUAACACAGGAACAGAAAACCAAACACCACAUGUUCUCACUCAUAAGUGGGAGUUGAACAAUGAGAACACAUGGACACAGGGAGGGGAACAUCACACUCUGUGGACUGUCGAGGGGUGGGGGUCAAGGGGAGGAAGAGCAUUAGGAGAAAUACCUAAUGCAUGUGGGGCUUUAAACCUAGAUGACAGGUUGACAGGUGCAGCAGACCACCACGGCACAUGUAUACGUACGUACAAACCUGUACAUUCUGCACGUGUAUUCUGGAACUUAAAAUAAAAUAAAAAAAUUAAAACAAAAAGUGCCAAAGAAACAAAAAGGAGUUAAGGCCAUGUAGGUCUGGAUUGGAAUCUGGCGAAGAGCAAAUGCAUUGAGGAUUGCUGCUGCUGCAGUGGGUACACUGUGAACUCAGGUGAAGCUGAUGACUCUAACACCAGGCUCAGGCCCUGCAUUUUCCACCUUUAAUGGUUUCCAAUAUUGUGGAUCAGAACCAAUAUGAUGGUGAGUAUUUCAGUAUUACAUGUCUAUAAUCCCUUACCUGCAGUUCCAGAAUUCCCAAAGUGCUGAUAAAUGAAAAGUUCUUCAUAAGUUAUUUCAUGGCCAAAUCCAAUUUGAAUGGCACUCAUCAGGUCGGGACACCUGUCCUGAACUGAGGUGAAGCUACUUACAGAGUACAGAGUCUUUUUUUUUGAGACGGAGUUUCGCUGGUUACCCAGGCUGGAGUGCAAUGGUGCGAUCUCGGCUCACCGCAACCUCCGCCUCCUGGGUUCAGGCAAUUCUCCAGCCUCAGCCUCCUGAGUAGCUGGGAUUACAGGCACGCGCCACCAUGCCCAGCUGAUUUUUUGUAUUUUUAGUAGAGACGGGGUUUCACCAUGUUGACUAGGAUGGUCUCCAUCUCUUGACCUCGUGAUCCCCUCGCCUUGGCCUCCCAAAGUGCUGGGAUUACAGGCUUGAGUCACCGCGCCUGGCCCCGAGUCUUUAUUUAUUCCACUUAGGGCUACUAUUCAUGUUCUCACUGCUGAAGUACUAAUGCAUUCAAGAGUGCUGGAGGUGCUACAGAAUGUUUAAGAUACGAUAAUAUCCAAAGAAUUCGGAAUCCCAAAGCACAUACGGGCUACCAGAUUUUUGGGUAAGGGAUCAUGGGACUUUGCGAUAAUUUUAACGGUUUUCAUUUUGAUGUUAUUUGUCUGUUUCCACACAUGCAUAUCUUUCCAUACUUGGGAACACAGUUUACAUGCAAUUUUGCAUCUUGCUUUGCUCCCUUUUUUCAUUACGAUAUUUUUCCAGUGGUGCUCCAGACUUUUCUUAAUUGCUGUUUAUUAUAUUGCUACCAGUUUCAACAGUGGCAUACCAUGAACAUCAUCGUCUCACUGUGGACAUUUAGGUUGCUUCCAGUACUUUGCUGUUAUAAGUGACGUGGUCAUCUUUGUAUGAAGCAUUUUUCUCAGUUUGGAAUAUGGAUGCCAACACGUUUUCAGGCGCUUUGCUGGAUUCUUUUUAUUUCAUUCAGUCUUCGUAAUAUCAAGUAGAUAGCAAGGUGUCCAUUUCAUCUUUGGGGGAACUCACUUUAAUGGGAAGAAUCAUUUUCCAUGGUCUCUAAACUCAAAACAGGCCUCUUCGUAGGGAACAAAAAUGUGGCUAACAAGGCGUUUCCUAUGACCCCUAAGCUCCCCAAGACCCUUCUGCUAGUGUAGGCUACAUAAGCUGAAAAUGAGGAGGAAAUGUAAGUCAGAGUCUCCAUGCGCUCGUACACACAUACACAGGCAGGAUACUGUUUGAACGUUCAUUCCAAUUUAUGUCCAGGGGCUGAGCUGACAGACCCCUGUGGCAGCAUGGACCGGCAUGCCUUAGGACAUCGGUCUGGAUCGAAGGGUUAAAAAAGAAAUAAGGAAGCAGGGUCAGGGUGUGCAAGGCAAAAAGACAGUGUGCUCUGAAAAUACAGGGCCUCAGGAACCUAUGGGACAUCACUGUGGCGAAAACCAGAAAACUGCUUGGUACCGCAGAAACAAUUUAUGGCACAGGGAGCGGUGGCUCAUGCCUGUAAUCCCAGCACUUUGGGAGGCCGAGGUGGGUGGAUCACCUGAGGUCAGGAGUUCAACACCAGCCUGGCCAACAUGGUGAAACCCCGUCUCUACCAAAAGAUACAAAAAUUGGCUGGGCGUGGUGGUAAGCGCCUGUAGUCCCAGCUCCUUGGGAGGCUGAGGCAGGAGAAUGUCUUGAACCUGGGAAGUAGAGGUUGCAGUGAGCUAAGAUUGUGCCACUGCACUCCAGCCUAGGUGACAGAGUGAAACUCUGUCUCAAUAAAAAAUAAAAUAAAAGAAAAGAAAGAAAGAGAGAAAAAACUUCCAGCACUGAGAUUUAAGUCCAGAUUCUGCCAGUUACUGGCUCUGUAAAUCUUGGAGGAAUUGCUUGGCUUCUCUGAGGCUCAACACCAACAUCUACAAUAGAGUGAGGUGAACAGUAUGUCCACUGGUCCCAGCGAGUUGUGAAAUGCGCAUAGGAAAAUGGAUUCAUUUAUUGAUUUGUUUGCCUCAACACUUUAUGCAUAAAUCAGAUUUCUUAGUUCUGAGAAACAUAAGUAAACUCCGGCUUAUUUGAGAAGAGAAAUUUAUGUAAAUGAUAGUAGGAACUCACAAAAUCCCCGCAGAAGUUUGGAGAACCAAACCCAGAAGGCUAACAGGUGCAAGGGAGGCCAGACAGGGGCCAGGACUGCAGCCCGAAGCCACCCAGGACGCAUGUGGGGAGGACUUCCUGCUGCUGUGCAAUGCUGGGGCCACAGCUGCACAGAUGCAGCCACAGGCACUGCUGCAGAGGCUGUCUCUGGAGGCUGGAGGCUGCUGCUGCUUGUCCCGCCUCCACCCAAGCAGGCUCUCCUCCAUCCGGUCUUCUGGUAUCACUGGCCUCUAAUUCAAAACUAUUUGCUAGGCCUGCAACAGGUGCAGAACAGAUGUUAACGUAUCAUGAAAACUACCCAGUUAUGAGGGAAUUCCAUGACCCUUGUCACAUAGGCAUCAGAGAUAUGGAUCCUGAGACCCAACUAGGCAAGAAGGUUGGCGCUUUCACUCCUGCUCCCAGCAAGACUUUGAGUGGCCCUGGAUACACUCCUCGAUGCUUUCUGUGGUCUGGCACAGAGAGCACAGAGGGGAUGUGUGGCGUGAAGGCAUCAUCCGGCAUGGCCGGACUAAAACUAGGUUGAAAAUGGAAGCCCUGCAAAGGCAGUGACCACCUGAUUGUUCUCCUUGGUGCCAUUGUAAUGGCUGGCAUUCAGCAGACACCCUGUAAACGGUUGAAGUGAAUGAAAACUUGGAUCCCGUCUCUGAUGAAGCAUCCUGGCCGGAGCAGGAAGGCCUCACAGAGCUGGGCGGGAAGCUGUUGUGCAACUUCAGAAAAGGGGAAAGAAAGAUGAUAAAAUGUGGGUAUCACAGGAAAAACGGGAAGGAGCAGUUACAAAACCCAAAAUGCCUCAGAAUAUUAUGGAUUCAACAGGCUGCUCAUGUGGCCACCUGCAUAUAGAUGUGCCAUGCAUACACCGUGACUCUUGCAGUCCUUUUUCUUUUGCACUGGGAGUGGGGAGGGGGUUCUGCACCAGGGCAGAAGUGCAAUCAGGUCCUUUGAUUUUUCAAGGAAUUGUCUCUGUCACCCUUACCCCUGGUGUGUACAGCAUGGGGAUCUUCUUUCAAUCAAGAUUCAAAGAUCUAUUUUUUAAUUUUAAAUGACCUUCUAUGGAGCUCCCAACAAAACAGAGAAAUAUUUUCAUCACUCAUAGCUCAAGUUGUGAGCUUCAUCCCUGCCUCAAAUCCAUGGAUAUGCAACUGUCCCUCCGUGAAAAUGUUUUUUCAGGACAAGAUUGCAACAUGGUAAGCACCAGACAGUCCACGAGGAGAGCUGGCCACCUGCAGAGCAUUCGUGUUUUUGGUAAAACAUCCAUUUGCGCUGCUGCAUCUCCCUUUAUCCGUGAGCAUUCUUUUGGUUUCAAGGGAUAGGAAAUCAAGUCAAUCUGCUUAGGCAAAGAGAAAAGUAUUGGGUCACAUUACCAAAUCACAGGAAGGGCUGGGAUGCAGCCGAGCCCAGGGAGGAGAGGACCCAGACCCUGGCAUGCCGUCGAGGCGCUCUUUCCCCACCUCUCACUUGACUUCUCUCUUAGGUUGGAUUUCUCAGGUUGGCUUCUGCAACACUGUUGAGGGUUUGCCUGUUGGGGGCUGUGAGAUUCCUAGCCUUGGCUCUAGAGGGAAAAACGAGGGACUUCCUCUACGUGGCUUGAAAAGCCCCCUAAGAAAGACUCUGAUUGGCUCAACUCCAUUCAGUUACCCAAUCCUACGCCAAUCACUGUGCCAGGGAGGUGGGGCACAAUGAUCAGCCCAGCCUAGGUUUGAAGUCCACCCUUGGCCAGAGAGCUGUGCGCGUGGGCGCGCGUGUGCAUGCGUGACAGAGAGAGAGAGACAGAAGACAGAGAGAGAGAGAGAGAGACAGAAGACAGAGAGAGAGAGAGAGAGAGAGACAGACAGAGGACAGCAGGGCAGAGAGGGCCAUGUUCUGCAAUGAUUUAAAGGAAAAGUAUGAGAAGAGGAUCGUUAUUAAAGGGGUUGAUGCUGAGACCAUGCACACUCUCCUGGACUACACGUACACCAGCAAGGCACUGAUCACCAAGCAGAACGUCCAGCGGGUCCUGGAGGCUGCUAACCUCUUCCAGUUUCUGCGGAUGGUGGAUGCCUGUGCCAGCUUCCUCACUGAAGCCUUGAACCCAGAAAACUGUGUUGGAAUACUGAGGCUGGCUGAUACACACUCGUUGGACACUCUAAAGAAGCAGGUUCAGAGUUACAUUGUUCAAAACUUUGUGCAGAUUCUGAACUCUGAGGAGUUCCUUGACCUACCCGUGGACACUCUGCACCACAUCUUGAAGAGUGAUGACCUUUACGUGACUGAGGAGGCUCAGGUAUUUGAGACUGUGAUGAGCUGGGUCCGGCACAAGCCAUCAGAACGACUCUGCUCACUCCCCUACGUCCUUGAGAACGUGCGCUUACCGCUUCUGGACCCAUGGUACUUUGUGGAGACAGUAGAAGCAGAUCCUCUCAUCAGGCAGUGUCCAGAGGUCUUCCCGCUGCUCCAGGAAGCCAGGAUGUACCACCUUUCUGGCAAUGAGAUCAUUUCGGAGCGCACCAAGCCCAGGAUGCACGAGUUCCAGUCUGAGGUGUUCAUGAUCAUUGGCGGCUGCACGAAGGAUGAACGGUUUGUGGCUGAGGUGACCUGCCUGGACCCCCUGAGGCGCAGCCGCCUGGAGGUGGCCAAGCUCCCACUAACAGAGCACGAGCUGGAGAGUGAGAAUAAGAAGUGGGUGGAGUUCGCAUGCGUGACACUGAAAAAUGAGGUCUACAUCUCAGGUGGCAAAGAAACACAGCAUGAUGUUUGGAAAUAUAACUCUUCGAUCAACAAAUGGAUUCAGAUUGAGUAUUUAAACAUAGGCCGCUGGAGGCAUAAGAUGGUGGUGCUGGGUGGUAAGGUCUAUGUGAUCGGAGGCUUCGACGGCUUACAGAGAAUCAACAAUGUGGAGACCUAUGACCCCUUUCACAACUGCUGGUCAGAGGCCGCGCCCCUCCUUGUCCACGUCAGCUCCUUUGCAGCCACCAGCCAUAAGAAGAAGCUCUACGUGAUUGGGGGAGGGCCCAAUGGGAAACUGGCCACAGACAAGACUCAGUGUUAUGACCCUUCAACCAACAAGUGGAAUCUGAAGGCGGCCAUGCCAGUGGAGGCGAAAUGCAUCAAUGCAGUGAGUUUCCGGGACCGCAUCUAUGUUGUUGGUGGAGCCAUGAGAGCGCUGUAUGCCUACAGCCCCCUGGAAGACAGCUGGUGCCUGGUGACCCAGCUCAGCCACGAGCGGGCCAGCUGCGGCAUCGCGCCCUGUAACAACCGGCUCUACAUCACUGGUGGGAGGGACGAGAAGAACGAGGUCAUCGCCACCGUGCUAUGCUGGGACCCCGAGACCCAGAGACUGACAGAGGAGUGCGUCCUGCCCCGGGGUGUGUCGCACCAUGGCAGCGUCACCAUCAGGAAGUCGUACACCCACAUCCGCAGGAUUGUGCCUGGAGCGGUGUCUGUCUGAGCGCAGAAUGGGGAGCUGGGGAGCUGCUCAGACCCUCAGUGUGCCCGCUUCACCUCUUACCCUCCUCCAGCCCCACUUCAGGCAGCAGCCUCUAGUUGGAGGCUGUACGUCAGGGGCUCACUUUGGGGGAAUCUUGGAAGUUGCAGUCUGGGGAUACUUGAGACCAGCCAGAAAUGUUUGCAUGACCUACCUCAGAAGGGGAGGCGAGGAAGAGUAAUUACAUCUCAGGACCCACCUACCCUGUGCCAGCUCUGUGCGAGGCGCUUCCUUGUAUCAGUUCAUUCAGCCUGGUGGCUGGCUUUUAUCACUUCUGGUUCCCUCAGUGAGGGAUCCGAGUUCACAGAGGCUAAGUAGUGUCCUCUGGUCACUCAGCAAGUACAAGUACCUACCCCAGGAGUCUAAAACCCAGGUCUUUCAGCUUCGGAGUCAAUGCCCUUUCCACCAUGCUGCCUAUCUCAGAGCAGGAAAAACCAAAUACCAAAAACCAAACCUGGUUCAUCCUGGGCGCGGUGACUCACGCCUGUAAUCCCAGCACUUUCAGAGGCUAACUUGGGGGGAAUCACCUGACCAGCCUGGUCAACAUGAUGAUCCCGCCCCCAUCUCUACUAAAGAUAGAAAAAUUAGCCAGGUGCAGUGGCAGGCACCUGUAUUCCCAGCUACUUGGGAGGCUGAGGCAGGAGGAUCACUUGAACUUGGGAGGUGGAGGUUGCAGUAAGCCAAGAUUGGCCCACUGCACUGCAGCCUGGGUGACAAAAGUGAAACUCUUGUCUCAAAAACAAAAACAAAAAAUCUGGCUCAUUUCUUGCUUCAGCGAGUCUGCUAAAGAUUCACUCAGCAAGGCAGGGAAAUAAAGGCGUUUCCUGUUUUCUUUCCUUUUCUUAUUCUGCAUCCCCCCUCAUCCCCCUCCUUUACCAAAAUUUAAACCAAGGAGUCAUUUGGGCUCCUUGUGAAGAACAUCUCAUAGGUUCUUCCACUUGAAAGGUCUGGGGGGAUGGGCUUGGGAAGGCCUGUUUGCUUUGAAAGAGAUGAAAUACUUGUGUUCCAUCCUCCUCCCAUUGAAAGCCUUUCACUCUGUCACCCAGGCUGGAGUGAAGUAGCAUGAUCUUGGCUCACUACAACCUCCACCUCCCGGGUUCAAGUGAUUCUUCUGCCUCAGCCUCCCGAGUAGCUGGGAUUACAGACACCUGCUACCAUGCCCAGCUAAUUUUUGUAGUUUUAGUAGAGACAGUGUUUCACCAUCUUGGCCAGGCUGGUCUUGAACUCCUGACCUCGUGAUCCACCCACCUCAGCCUCCCAAAGUGCUGGGAUUACAGGCGUGACCCACUGCGGCUGGCCUUUUUUUUCUUUUAAUAAUCAUAAGAUGGCCCAUUUUGGACCAGAACUGUCAUUGCCAGACAGAAUUGUCCCUUUAGCAUGGUCUGGUGCCCUGGCCUCUUAGCGUCCACCAGUCAUACUGUAAUGUAGCAAACAUGUUUUAGAGACUCAAACUACUGUGUUAUGUAAAAAGUACACACCUGAACACAGCUGGCCUCCGCAGGAAUGACGGAUGAACUUGCUGGUUUUUAGACAGUGAUUGAGACCCGUGUCCUGAUACCCCAUCCUCCUGAAACCUUAGUUUUCAGGACUUUUUAAAAAGCACUUCUACUUGGUUUUUUAAUUAGUGUAGCUCAGCUGUGACUUAAAAGAACAGAAUCUGUCCUUCACUGUAAGAGUUAGAGCUCUGAAAUGAGCUCACUGGAAAUUCCUUCUAAUCCCCAAGCUGGAGAAACAAGUUAAGAGAUCCUGUUUCAUAUGCUGUAUUUAAAAAGCAACAAUGAUAGCGACAUAGUGCCUGCAUUACCCAGUGGACUUUAUUUUCACCUAUGAUUUCAGUUCUCUUUAUAGAGUUUAUUUCAUAGCCAGAGCGGCCUGAUCCUCUCAGCAGUUUGGGAAGUUAGAGUAUUGGAGUUGACAGUGAAUUUAAUUUUCAUUAAAAAGUCACGGUUAGAAGCUAGUAUCUGAAACAGAUUUUAAACCCCUGGAAACUUAGAGGUGAGAUUUCUGUUUAUGCCAGAUUGUUGAAGAUAAAUAUAAAUGUGUAUUGGUGUGUGAAAGGCUCUUGCCUUAAAGGCAUGACAGUUCAGCUCUCUGCUGUGAAAAGUAAGACAGAGCAAUAUAAGCAUACUUGUGGAAAUUUAGGACAAACUAUCACUUACUCAUGAGCACUGUAAUAACCAUCACAGCUGCCAAUGCAAGCAAUGUCAUCUAGGUCAGUUCAGCAAACAUUCAUGGAGUUCUUCAUGUUUUUCAAGCCUUGAGGACACCAGUGAAUAUCAAAUCUCCAUGCUAGUCACUAAUACGGAAAAAUAGGCCACUAGUUAUAUUCUUGUUUUUCUUUUCUUCAAGUUAGCUAAAAUUAGGUCAUAUGAAGUUAUGAGGCUGGAUCCAAGUCUCGAUUGCCUCAAAGGGUCAAGGUGGUAAGCAGUGCAGGAAAGUCAACCAGUGGCCACUGCUUACAUGUUUGUCUUUCCAAGGUCGCCACCAGAACCAUUUGUGAACUACAGGAAAAAAAUCAGUGUUGCUCCAAACACUACUGCAGGGAGGAACUUCUGGAGAUGGCGGUAUUGGCACACACAGCGAGCCUCCCCUCAAAAAGAGCGCGCUCCUUGUCAGGGAGCGGCUGGCAGGCCUUCGAUAAGACCGAUUGGCAAACUUCGAGCCCAUCAACAGGUCAACCCUAUACUGAGUUAGGUCAGUUCAGGUCACUCCUAUACUGGGAAAGUGAGGAUUUGGAAUUUCUGUGCUCUAAACCUGAUUGUAAAUGUAGGACCCAAGUUUUUGGACUACUUCAGAAUACCUACAUGAAUCAUGGAAGCAGUUUUUAUGAUUUCUUAUGGCACCAGAUAUGCAGGUGAAUUGCGGAAAAUUUCAUGUAGCUGGCACCAAGCAAUAGGGAUUCCUAAUGAUGGCAUGGGGUAGGGAACAGACACACCUAUUUACAGGGUUCUGUACUUGAAGCUGCCCUUGAACUCAAAGCCAGUCUGUAGCUCUUAGAGAAAGUAAGUUCAAGUCAUUUGGGGGAAACUUAAGUAUAGUCAUCAGGGUUUUGGUUUCUAGGCACUUGCCAGGGAUGAGAGCUUCUAAAAUCUGAAAUCCAUUCCAAGAAAUAAAGACAAACACAUUUGCAGGAAGGUAACUGUUAUCACCCACACCGUCAGUUGGGGGAAAGCCAAGCUGGGAAUUAACCCAGAGACAGAGAGCCCUCAGACUCGGGCAGGACGUGGCAGGGUGUUCCAGCACAGCAGGCUGGAUAAGGCAGAUCCUAGGAGUGGAUCGAGCGCCCCAGGCUGGGAAGACACAGAUGGGGUAGGAGGAGGUCAGGUUCCAAGGAUGAUAUGAGGGGCCCUGGAGUUUGUGAACUUGACUCUAGUCCCAAGAAGGGUAAGGGAGAAUUCCAGGCAAGGAAAUAAGGAAGGAAUCCACUUUUUAGAGCAGAGGCACAAGUUGGAGCAGGCUCAGCAUUUGGGCCCACUUGCUGUGGGGCCUCUGAGCUGCUCAGCUGGGUCUCCUGUCCUAGAGAGAAGGUGGCCCAGAGUUGUGGUGGAGCAGAAUCUGUAGAUGAGGUGAAGGGACCCUGGUUGCCAAGGCUAAUCUAAAACAGCAGGGAGCUAAGCUCAUCACAACACCAACAGGUUCAUGUUCUUAGCUUUCAUCUAUUCUGAUCUCAGUGGCUUCAGGAAACACACACAUACACCAUGCCCUUGAACUCAAAGCAAACUAUGCACUCAGGGAAAUACAAAUAUCAUGUUCUUAUAGCUGUAAAGUAUAGCUUAGCUGUUUAUAGAAGUUGUUGAGGUACUGUUGUUAUUUACUUAGCCUGUUUUAUUUUGAAAAAUAAAUGUACUCAAUAGAAUUUUAAACUUUGUAAACACCACAGGGAUUUCUUGUGUAAGUCCCAACGUGGGUUUGCAAACUCAUUUUUUCCCUUGGUAUCUAGGUGUUAUAUUACAUCUCGUAAUUUUAAGAGUCAAUCUUUAUAGAAAUCCACACAUAUCCAAAUAUGGCUACUGCAAAACCAGUUUUGACAGGUCAGAUUUUCAUAUGUAGCGGCAUAAAUAGUCAACACUCAGUGAACAAAAUCCUUUAAGCAUUUUGGUUACAUAAAGUUACAUAAAGUUGUGUAUUUUAGGUGAUCAAAGAAGAAACUAUAUUGUUUAUAGGUUUUAAAAACCAACCCAAUAAAGUUUUUAUUUAUUCAAUAAAAUAUGCACAGAA